CCUCGGAGACGCGCGGGGCUGUGAUUGGCUGGCGAGCCGGCCGCACGCGGCGGAGCCCCGAGAGCGGCUCUGUUGCGACAGAGGCCGAGCGGCGAGGCCCAGCUCCCCGGAAGACCAGCAGCCUAGCCCCCGCGGUUCGUCACCAUGCCCUCCGACCUGGCCAAGAAGAAGGCGGCCAAGAAGAAGGAAGCGGCCAAGGCGCGCCAGCGGCCCCGCAAGGGACACGAGGAGAACGGGGAUGCCGUCACCGAGCCGCAGGUGGCGGAGGAGAAGAGCGAGGCCAACGGCAGCGAGGCCACAGAAGUGGACCUGCUGACCAAGGAGCUGGAGGACUUUGAGAUGAGGAAAGCCGCGGCCCGGGCGGUCACCGGCGUCCUCGCCUCGCACCCCAACAGCACCGACGCCCACGUCAUCAACCUCUCCCUCACCUUCCACGGCCAGGAGCUGCUCAGUGACACCAAGCUAGAGCUCAACUCUGGCCGGCGGUACGGCCUCAUCGGCCUGAACGGCAUCGGGAAGUCCAUGCUGCUCUCGGCCAUCGGGAAGCGGGAAGUGCCCAUCCCCGAGCACAUCGACAUCUACCACCUGACGCGGGAGAUGCCCCCCAGCGACAAGACGCCGCUGCAGUGCGUGAUGGAGGUGGACACGGAGCGCGCCAUGCUGGAGCGGGAGGCCGAGCGCCUGGCCCACGAGGACGCCGAGUGUGAGAAGCUCAUGGAGCUCUACGAGCGCCUGGAGGAGCUGGACGCUGACAAGGCAGAGACCCGGGCCUCCCGCAUCCUGCAUGGGCUGGGCUUCAGCCCCGCCAUGCAGCAGAAGAAGCUCAAGGACUUCAGCGGGGGCUGGCGGAUGAGGGUGGCCCUGGCCCGAGCGCUCUUCAUCAGGCCCUUCAUGCUGCUGCUGGACGAGCCCACCAACCACCUGGACCUGGACGCCUGCGUGUGGCUGGAGGAAGAACUGAAGACUUUUAAGCGCAUCCUGGUCCUCGUCUCUCAUUCCCAGGACUUCCUGAACGGCGUCUGCACCAACAUCAUUCACGUGCACAACCGGAAGCUCAAGUAUUACACGGGUAAUUACGACCAGUACGUGAAGACGCGGCUGGAGCUGGAGGAGAACCAGAUGAAGAGGUUCCACUGGGAGCAGGACCAGAUCGCGCACAUGAAGAACUACAUCGCCAGGUUUGGCCAUGGCAGCGCCAAGCUGGCCCGGCAGGCCCAGAGCAAGGAGAAGACGCUGCAGAAGAUGAUGGCUUCGGGGCUGACGGAGCGGGUCGUGAGCGACAAGACCCUGUCCUUCUACUUCCCCCCGUGUGGCAAGAUCCCGCCGCCCGUCAUCAUGGUGCAGAACGUCAGCUUCAAGUACACGAAGGACGGGCCUUGCAUCUACAACAACCUGGAGUUCGGGAUCGACCUGGACACGCGGGUCGCUCUGGUCGGGCCCAAUGGAGCCGGGAAGUCCACGCUCCUGAAGCUGCUCACUGGAGAGCUGCUGCCCACCGACGGCAUGAUCCGGAAGCACUCCCACGUCAAGAUCGGCCGAUACCAUCAGCACUUGCAGGAGCAGCUGGACUUAGACCUCUCGCCCUUGGAGUACAUGAUGAAGUGCUACCCGGAGAUCAAGGAGAAGGAGGAGAUGCGUAAGAUCAUCGGGCGCUACGGCCUCACGGGGAAGCAGCAGGUGAGCCCCAUCCGGAACCUGUCCGACGGGCAGAAGUGCCGGGUGUGCCUGGCCUGGCUGGCGUGGCAGAACCCCCACAUGCUCUUCCUCGACGAGCCCACCAACCACCUGGACAUCGAGACCAUCGACGCGCUGGCCGACGCCAUCAACGACUUCGAGGGCGGCAUGAUGCUGGUCAGCCACGACUUCAGGCUCAUCCAGCAGGUCGCGCAGGAAAUCUGGGUCUGCGAGAAGCAGACGAUCACCAAGUGGCCUGGGGACAUUCUGGCCUACAAGGAGCAUCUCAAGGCCAAGCUGGUGGGUGAGGAGCCCCAGCUGCCCCGGAGAGCCCACAACGUGUGAGCCCCCGCCAGCCCCCGGGGCCACGUCUGCACUGCUGCAACGCCCCCUCCUGCCUUAGCUGCCCGACCGCCUCCUGCCCCCUCUCCUCGCCCGUGUCUGCUGUGGCUGGCGCCUGGCCCCCGCCCAACGGUGAUGCAGGCCGGCACCCGAGGGGUCGGCCCGGGCCCUGGCCCGGGUGCGACCCGCCAAGGAGCCGCCAAACAUCCUUGUCUUCCGGGUUUGGUGGUGCUGGCGGGACACCCCCCCAGCACCCCGCCCCCCAUUCUUGCUUCCGGUUUGGAGCUCCCGGCCAGGGCCUCCGUUCUGGUCGGUUUUUAAAUAAUUAUUUAACGGUAACGUUUAGACCUGCGUGUUAUCUACAAAGCGCCCAAUAAAGAAAGAAGCAUCCAUGCUCCGUGCCUUCCUUCGG